AUGGCGGAGGGCACCGCGCCGCACUUCGCCUUGGUCCCGCAGCCCCCACCGGCUUCUUCCUUCGGGGCCGUGGCACCGGGCAACCCGGUAGUGGACAGCUUCGAGGCCGAGCUGCGGAACGUCCUGGGCUUCCUGCGGCGCCUGGGAGCAGCGGGGAAGCCCGAGGGGCAGCAACACGAGAACCACCGCCGCGGAGCAAAUGCUUUGUUUAAUAUUUGGGUCAAAUACAAGCCUCGACUGCCAGAGUGGUAUUACAAUGACAAACUUGUGAAAGUUGGUGAUUCCCUUGCUCAGAUCAAGGAAUACAAGUUGGCAGUUUCACAGUGCUAUGGAAGAUACCUUCAGCAGUUUGUUUCAGUAAAGCCUGAUGAUGUCCUGGGUGAUGUGCAUCGAUUUAAAUCCACCUUUUUCCCCAAUGGGUUCAGAGACAAUAAUGCAGCACUUACGUUCCACGCUUUGCAAGAGAGAAACAUUUGCAUUUAUCAGAUGGUUUGCAGCAGUGACAGAAAUCUCCAGAGUCAGGAGUCCCUGCAGACUUGUUUCACUAUCUUGUCCUCAUUACGACUUGCUAUGCAAGUGGCACUACCUCGGGAGAAAUUGUGUUGGCUCAUCUACAAUGGUACUAUUUAUAUUUACACCAUAUGCAGGCAUUUGAUGACGAGAGGUCAAUCUGCUAAGGUGCUGGAAUACUUACUGUGGGCCAGUAUGUGCAUGGAAUCAUCUAUCCCACUCUUAUCUGUACACUAUUUGACCUGGAGAGCCACCCUAUAUGCUGCAGUUUCUCAGUGUUAUUUUGACUGUCAAGCCAGCAUUCAUGGAGAGGCAUUUGCUCGCCGUGGUCUGCUUAAAAUUGAUGAACUGAACCAACUGGAAAGCAUGAGUUCUUCAAUGAUAAAUUCGGAGACCAGAAAGAUUUUUAGAGAGGCAACCCUAAAGAUGUCAGUAAUGAUUUUCAAGAGAGCAGUAUUUGAAUCUAGAAGAAAGCCAAAAACCAACCUGCAGCCUAAGUUAAGAGUUACCCUGAAAGACCCACAAAAUCUGCCCCAGCCUCACACUGUGACCAAACGGCUGCUGACAGAAAUGUUUGAUGGUGUGGCAGCUCAGUUCCUUGCCAUCCUGGAAGCUCUGUCUGAUAGCAGCAGGCGUCUGUGGAACUCUCCCUCAACUCUUCCUGAUGAACCUGAAAUUCGUGAUGUCCUUUCAGAACUUUUUUCUGCAGGCCUGGAAAUCCUCUCAGGUGGAGUGAGCAGUGCAGGUGUCCAAGGAAGUCAUUGCAUCACUUUCUCCUGUGUAAUUAAUCCAUCCUUAACCCUUCUACAGUUGAUACUAAAAGGAGAAGAGGAAGUGUCUGGAGAUGCUGCUGUGAAAUUCCUAAAAUUAGCUUUCAGUUAUGAAGAGUGGGAUGUAUUUGAUUCUGCUCUUGAAUUUGUGGAUAUUUUUCUUCAGGCUCAAGAUGAUCCAAUAUGGAAGAAAGCUGAAAUGGAGCUCAAACUUCUUAAACUGAUGCAACCUUUACUACUUCCAAGAAUAUUUAAACAGAAUUUUGCUAUUAGUGAAAAGAGUAGCAAAGAAGCUAAGUUGCUUCAUGGUGAGUGUUGGUCAGCUAGGGCUGUCUUUGAUUCCUUAAGGCAUGGAGAGCCUUCUCAUGAUCUUAUUGUUUUGGCAACCACAGUGCUUUCCUGUGUCUCCACACCUGAGGAGGACAUCCAACCUGACAAAGAAAUUCUUGUUGAUGUCAUAAUGUUUUUGUGGCAGAAGUGUAAGAAAGGACUUCAGAAUAUCCCAAUGAGUGGAAGCGACUGCUUGAAAUAUAUCCACAAAUACAAAGCUUACCAAUGGGUUCAGGUACUCUGGAUAAUAAAUGAAGCAAUUCAGAGGAGCAGCAUAGGAGGCACUGAUGCUGUAAUGCUUGCAGAGGUAACCUUUUGUCUAACUGCAAUAUUGGAAAACGUUGCUGAUUCAACAAGUAAACCUAAGGCAAAAGCAGGAAAAAGAAGUGCCUUUGUCUUGCAAGAUGAAACCUGUGAUAUGCCUGAAAUACUGAUGAAAAGUCCUCCAGAACAAUUGCAAAUUGCUUAUGAGAGCCUGGAAAGAGCAAUUAAUGUAAUGAACACAUCUUGCUUAAUGACCCUUCUGCCAGGGGAGAAGUCAGCAUUUGACAGCUGCUGUACAAAGGUAGACUCAAAUGAUCAGAAUUGGAACUCUGGUUUGGGAUGUGGUGAUGAUAAGACAGAGACAGACAAUGGGUUUGCAAUGGAUUUACACUUGGAGCUCAUUCAAGCCCAACAUCGAGUAGCUGUGAAACUUCUUAAAGUGACACAAGGUGCUCAAAAGGAAAACACGUGCCCUAAGUCUGGCAAGUCUCAUGUGAAUGUCAAAGAUUCCCCUUAUUUGACAGAGGGAUUUAUCAUGAGAAAAAUCAAGAAGAACAAACUCUCCAGAGCAGUCUUUUUGAUGCAGAAGGCUGCACAGAAGUACCCUGAAGACUUAACCACUGCUUCCCAAAGGCAGCUGCUGAAGGAAGCACUGACUUUAAUUGAGCAAGUUGAAGCUGAGCAAAAAACACUGUAUCAGAGUUACAGAGAAGCUAUCAACAACAAGGAAAAAAGGAAGACUCCUCCUCCUCCUCUGUUGCUUUCUAGAUCACAUUGCUCCAUGACUUUUAAACCAGCCCCAUUCUUUUCAGACAUUCAGGUUUCCUGGUACAGUAUUUUGGGCUCUGUAGCAGGAGGAAGCAGUAUGAAAGUGAAGUUAAAUAACAAUAAACUUCCCAAUGCAGGAGAAGAGGUACCAGCUGAUGGGAAGAGCCUCCUGGAAAUCCAAGGUUUAGAUCCCAAUGAGAAGUAUGUUUUUGCAGUGGCAGCAUAUUCUUCUGAUGGAAAACUUAUUGGUGAUGCCAUUGGGGAAACAACUAAACCAAUCCUUGCUUAUCCCCCUCUUUCUGCUACUACCAUUCGAGCCUACCUCACUCAGGUAGCCUAUCAGACUGGCAACUAUUCCUUAGCCAGAGAAUCAUUUUCACCACUGUGGGAUUAUUUUGUUUCAACUUCCUCUCCAGUGCCUGCCGAUGCAGCUGUUAUUUCUGCACGCAGCAAUUUGACUAUAUCUGAAAAAAGGUUACGUUUUGAUGCUCUGUCUCGGACUUCUCCUAUUACCCUGCAGCUUUUUCUCAGGAAUAUAUUUGCUGUCUGUGACAUCAGUGUCAGGGAAAAAGCACUCUUCUGUGAUUCCAUCCGUUCCCAUGAAAUGCUUUAUAAGGAACAAGUUGCCAGAUUAGCAGAAUGUGAAAGAAUGGCUGUGGCCAUUGAUCUUAGCAAUUGGUUGAAUGAUAGAAGCUACAGCCUGCAGUCUGUUGUACAAUGUUAUGGGCUUCUUGCUCCCAUGAUUUAUCACAAGAUUUCUUCAGUACCAAUAAUUCAGAUCCUCAUUAAGUGCUUGGCUGUCCUUCAAGAAAUUCCAAGUGCUGCUUUGCAGAGGAAGCAGUCAGGGUGCUAUGAGAGCAUUCAGCAUAUGAUAGCUUGCACUUCAUUUUAUACAGCAAAGGUUCUACGUUCAUGGAAAGAAUAUGAACUGGCAGUAAUUAUUGUUAACUAUGGGAAAAAUUUGUUGGAUUCCUCACUAGCAGGCUCACCCUGCCUGCCACAAGCUCUGAAAACUGAAGAAACACACAAAGAAGUCAAACCCAUUUCUUCAAAGACAUCUGACUUAGCUGCCAUGGAAAAAGCAACAGAGAAUCUAAAUGCUCUUGAAUCAAACCUCCUCAAACUGACAAAACCAGCUCAAGGAUCAGAGCUCACAGGACAUGAAGAUCCUUUUUUCCUUUACCCUGUGGUGUCAUGCUGGACAUCAAGCAAUGCUUAUCGAGAAGUGAUGAAAUUCAGAAACAAAUCACGUUUUCUUGAGUUUUUUGUUCAAGUUUUGCAAAAAACCCUGAAUGAAGAGAAGUUCCAAUCUGUUCUGGAAUGGGCAGGAGAUGUGCAAGUUUACUUGAAAAGGAGGAACAAUCACUUUCUCGGCAGCAGUGGAAUUUCAACACCGAUCAUAAGCUCUCCCACUCUGUCAGAAAGCAUGGAGAGACACACUGCAGGAGCUGGGAAGUUUCAGAAAGGUACAGCGACCUCACCUUUAAAGAAAUCAGAGGAUUCAACUCUGAAGAAGCCAAGGAAAGAAGCCUUGAGUCCUAUUCAACGUAAACAUCAAUUCAUGAACCAACCAAGCUUAACAAAGUCUCCAGAAGCACAAAGGAAAAGUGAGGAAGAGUUGCUAACAAUAGCUCGUCACAACUUAGUGGUGCUGCUGAAACCACUCGUGAGGAACUACUUAAACCGAAAGAUAUUUAAGCAAAUAUAUCUUGAAGAGAUGCCCUGGAGAUCUCAGAUGAAUAUCUACCUGGCAAUUGCACACUACAACUUAUUUAAAAAGAAACUGGAUGAGCAAUAUAGCAUUGGGAUUUGUGAUUCACAGCACCUGAACAGUUACAAUAUUCUGGAUCCUGAUAUAUUCUCAUUAAAUAAUUCUGGCAUUCUCUUGGUGAGCGAAGCUAUAGAGAGUAACAUGACAACACCAACUCCUCCUGCCUUUAAAAUGUCAAGAGUGACCAAAAAAGAAACUUUCACAACUAAAUCUCCUGGUAAGCUGAGGAAAACUUCAAAAACAGAUACAGAAUUCUCUGGGUUCUCCACCAAGCCUAACAGGUUUCUGUCAAAUAAUAGUCUAUUGGAGCAUUUUACAAGGAUAUUCUUGCAUUUAAGAAGAGCAGUGGUUCUUGCUCACCGUGGUGGCUACUGGACGUUGCUCCAAAAUGCUUGUCGAGAACUUUGGAACUAUGCUCAAGAAUUCCAACUGCUGGCUGACUGUUCACAUUUCCAUAUGGAGGCACUUCCCAUUACCAGGGAUUUACUGAGAAACACCAUCUGGUUGCCAUUUUAUCUGGCAGCAGACAUGCUCAUUGAUAUGAUAAUUGAACUCCAAGCAAGCAGGUCUCUUAAGAUUAUGGAUCCUGAAGGAGACUUCUGCAUCCCCAGUUGUUUAGGAGGUAUUAUGGAUGAGAAUGGUGGUUCUUAUCUCCUUCCUCAGCCUCCCCUGGAUGAUGUGAAUGUGGUUGACUUGAGGUGGAUAUGUAACCUGAUUCUUAAAACAAUAGAGUUGUUAUAUCGGUUGAAGAAGUGGGAAGCACUGGUACACAUAGCUGUACAAUUCAACAUAUUUACACAUGAGUCAUACACAAGACAAGUGAGUCCACUGCUGGUGUAUGCUCAGAGGCAGCUGCUGGAAAGGAUAAAGGAAUUCAGUGGCCCAGGCAGCCAGGAAUCUCCUUUCAUAAAAUAUCUGUCUGAUCAUGCACAGAAGAUGAGUUGCAGACACUACAUAAGGCACAAAUUACAGCUGCCUGUUGCCCAUUCUGCUAGUGGAUGCUUUAUCUCUCCUGAGAUGAUAAAUGAUUAUACAGAUCACAGCCGAGCCAAAGCCCUUGUUGCUGUACCUCUUGAUGUGGAUGAUACACUCAAGUGUUUCAGAGAAACUCUACACAAGUCUAAAUACCACAGCAGAGCACUGAGACACAGCAGAAAACUGCUUGCAUUAUUUCUUGCUCACAUACAAGAAAAUGCUGGGAGAGCACUCAGGAGUCACACCUCUCCAAAGAGAAGGCUGGAAUUUAAUGUGGGAGCUGAACUGAUAGUUGUACCAACUCCUCGGGACCUUUCUGAAGAAAAAUUUAAUUCCUCCAGUAUCAUCGAGAGAAAACCGAUCCCAAAGUCUUGCCUUCCAGAAAUUAUCACUUCCUAUGAACAAACAAUUGGAAUCCUUGAAAUAAACAAACAGAGAGACCUCAAGGUUCAAGCUUUACAUGAACUUGGAAAUCUUCACUUUUAUGCUGGAAAAAAAAAAGCUGCUUUUAAAUGUUGGUGUCAAGCCCUUGAUGAAACACUCAAUAUUGCUGAUGCUCUUAACAACUGGCAAGAGUUGUGUGUUCCAAAAGAUGCUACAGACUGCUUUGCAGUUGGAAGAUGGACUGAUAUUACUCAGAAAUUUCUUUCUCAGGCUGGAGUUUGGGGAUGUUUGCAUGCAGCAGUCUUAGUUGCUAAGAUAGCUCAGUAUAUAACAACAGCAGAGAUGAGAUUAAGAACUAAAUACUGCUAUUUUUCUGCCAUCCUUUUUAAGAGCCUGUUUGGAGCUUCUCUUCCACAUCCAACAUCUGACUGUGACUUUGCACAGUAUGAAACAAACAUGCUUGUUCCUGGGAUUGAUUUGUUCUCUGAUCGCUACAGAGCUGACAUCUCUACUGUACUUGCAAGCCUGAAUUUCCUUAUGUAUGAGCUGCACUCUGCAAACCAGAAUUUAAUAAUUUUACCACUCUUCACAUUAUACCAAUACAUUGUUUCUGAGAUUUGCAAGGACCCAGCCAGGUGUAUUGAAGGAAGAAUCCUCAAGAUGAAAGUACUUACAGAUAUAGGCUUUUUUACAGAGGCCUUUCAGGAACUCUCUUUGCUUAACUAUGGAGAGAGAAUUCCAUGGAAAAUCCCUGCAGGAUACAGAAAAACUGAAGUAACCAAGGCCUUACAGAAAUUUGACUCCUCAAAAUCUCUUUUGACUGCUACAAAUCUACAGGUACUGGAAGAUGUAUUUAAUCGGAGUCUGCCUUUACCAAUGGUGCCACUGUGCAGCCAGCAAAUGAUCAAUAAAUUAGCCUUAGCCAAAAUGCAUUUCAUCAUUUGCCUUUCUGCCACAAUACAUGAUACACCUGAGAAAGUGGAAAAACACAUCUAUUCAGUUGAGCACAGCAGCUUGAAGGAGCCAAGCAGAAUUACAGCAGCAAAAGUCAAAGGUGAUGCUGAUAAGAAUUCAAGACAAGGGGAGCAAAGAGGCCCAAUGGUGCAGCUUGUCGACUGUAAAGUUGAAUUAAAUAUGGCCAUGCUGAAGGGGAUUUUAUUGACAGAAGCUGAAGAAAUCCUUAGCUGCCUGGUGCAGAACUUACAGAACAAAUAUCAUGGGGAGACCUCUCGGUGUUCUGCUGAAGAUUUAGAGGCUCUUAUUGAGGCCAAACUUCAGCUUGCUGCUAUUUCUCACCAAAGACAUCAAGCAGCUUCCAGUGUUGCUUUGGCUUUCUCUGCAAUUCAACUUCUCCAAGAUGCAAGCAUUUUUAGAAGUGAAACGACACCUGCUCAAGAGAAAAGGAAAGAAAGGGAGCGCUUGGACUCCUGUGUUGAAGAUGCUGGGCUGCCUGCCAGUGUGACAGCACGAGACCGAAUCAAUGCGCGGCUGUGGCUAAGGUGUCGUGCAGCCUUGGUGACGGCGCUGGUGACACCUGGUGCUGGUUGUAUGGAAGAAUAUGCUGUGGCUGAACGCAGAAGUGUGAUAAAAGAAGUAACAUUAGAGGCAGAAGCCUUUGGUGAUAUUGAGACUCAGGCUGAAAUGAUGCUGCAAGCUGCUAUUCUUUACCUGCAAGAAGAACAUCCCAUGGCAGGCAUUAAACUUCUCUUGCAGAGUGUCAUCAGUUUACUCCAAGAAGAUACAUUCAUUUCCCCUCCAGCUUCUUUGACUCUUGUGAAAAGUAUGCUGCUUCUGGCAGAGUUACCAACACUGCAAGCAGCACAGGAUACAGAACGUUGCUCUUCUACUGUGGAACCAAACAACUUACUGAUCUGGGCACAUGAGCUUACCAUUAAAGCAAUUUUUGUUUGUGGAGAACCCAUUGAACAGCAAAUAGAAGACAGCACACUGACUUGCCUGGUCCUACCUACAAAAAACAUCUACUUGCCACAGAUCAACUUGCUAGCCCAAGUCAAAAUGAGAAUUGGACAUGCAUUAGCUGAAAAAGGAGAAGAUCCACUAUGUGCUCUCAAACAUUUAGAAUUAGCACUGAAGCUUUGCAGAGCAUCUGCAACAAAAAACUUGGAUAUGGAAGAGGAACUACUUCUUCAGAUAGGUAAGGUAGAACACCAGAUAACUGAAGCAGGCAAUAAGAAGUCAUCUCAAGCUGUUGAAACUCUGAUGGAACCUGAGCAACUCAGCCAGCAACAUGAUCAAAAUUUUGAGGGUUAUAUUCAUAUUUCAGAGGAUGAGCUGUGGUCUGCCCCCUUCCAGAUAAUAGAAAUCCAACUUGAAAAGAUCUCUUCUGGAAAACUUUCUGAGGAGGCUUUGAAAUCAGAAGGCUGCAAAGCACAAGCCUGGAUUGCAGUAAGAGCAGCCACAGAGGUCAGUGAAGCUGUGCUUGCUUCUCAGUUAUUAAUUGCCAUGAAGAGUGUUAAAAACCAGAGCAUGAAUGAUGCAGUGCAACAGAAAAUCCCACAGUUUGCUUCCAUGGAUCUUCUUGUUUCACACAGAUUUCUUAUCUCUAUAAUAUCUCUUGAAAUUGCUGGAAUCACAUCAAAGAUGCCACAGGUGAGAAUAGCUUCUUUGGUUUCUGACACCACAGAAGCAGACAGGCAGACAGAGAGCAGGGCAGCAAAUGCUUCAUGUAAGGAAAUUGACAUUCAGUGGUGGGUCCCUUCUCUGGAAAAGCCAUUGAAUUCAGACACCAAGGUUUUGCUGCUUUAUGCUUAUAACACAAAGCCUGCCAAGAUUAGCAGCAUCAAGGUUUUCAGUUCCAUGAUUGUGUUUUCAAGCCACUUGUGGAUUCUGUUGGCUAGAAUGAUUUCUUUGGAAGAACUUAUCCAUCUGAAGCAGCAAGUUGAAAAGUUGAUGCAAAGUCCUAAAAGUUUGGCUUCAGCUUCAGAAGCUAUGAGUUUUCUUGAAGAAAGUGACUGCUUGAAAACAAUUGCUUCAAAAAAGUCCCAAAUGAAUCAAGGCUGGAUACGGUUGGAAGAUACAUUUGCUCCUGCCAAUGGAUGUAUCACACCUGAAGAAAGCUUUUUCAGUUGGAUUGUUUCUCAGUUUGACUAA